AUAAUGUCUAAAUAUUAAUCAGAGAAUAGUGAUAUAAAAUCAAGAUCUCUCCAAUUACCUUCAAUUAAAUAAUCACACACUAUUAUCACUGCUGCUGAACUUGAAUAAAUUAAAUCUCAUAUCCACUUUACAGAUUAAAAACCUAAAAAAGUAUAACUUAAUUUUUAUUGCUUUAGACUUAUGAUAGUUAAAAAGUCUGGGCAUAACGUAUUUAAAAAUAGAGAUAAUAAAAAGAAAAGGAAAAAUUCCAAAAAUUCAUGAUUGAAGAAGAAGAAAGACGUAAAAUUGAUAGAGAUGAAGCAAAUUAUUAAGAAAAACUUAAACUUGAUCAAAUUAGUGAUGCAAACAAUAAGAUUUUUGGAUAAAGAGCAGAGUAUUGUAAUGAUUAUAUUUUUCAGUGUAAGAAACAUGAAAUCAAAAAUACUAUUAUCAGAAAUAGAUUAAGCAAAUUAAUAACUCAUUUAACUAAAUAGGGAAAAAUAAGAAAUGUUAUUAAUGUAUGAUGCUUUAAAAACAAGAGAAAUUGAUACAUAAAAAUCAUUUUUAGAAUAAUUAGAAUUAGAAAAAAGUUAAAUCAAAGAAUAAUUGAAAAAAUAGACUUAUGAUACUUUAGCCAAACAACAUCAUGAUGUUAAAGAAAGGUAUCUUAAAGAAUAUGUAAAACUUAAACAAGAAGGAGAAGUAAUACAAAAAUAAGCUCAAGAAGAGGAAUUAAAGAAAGAGUAAAAUUUUUUGGUAAUACAAUUUUAGAAAACAAAAAGAAGAUGAUAAAAUUAAAAAGUAAAAAUUAUUAGCUGAACAUUAAAAGUUUCUUGAAAUAAAAUAAAAACUUAUUCAAGAUGAAUAAAAAUUAGAGGAGAAUGAAUUCCAAUAAAGGGAGAGGUAUGAAAAAUAAAAGGAGAGAGUACUUGAAAUGAGAAAAGAAAGAGUAACAUUUAAUUAUUUAAAUAGGAAACAGAAAAAUUGCAAAGAUAAUUGAAAAUUAGAGAGUAGAUAUAUGAUAUAAGAGUUACACAAUUAAAAAAAUAGGAAGAUGAUUACAUGUAAAGAGUUUAAAAACAUGCAGAAGAAUUGUAAAAACAUGAAGAGGAAGUUGCUAAAUAAAAGGAAUUGGAAAAAUCUUUAAUGAUAUAAGAAAAAGAGCAAUUUAGAUAAUAAUAAAAGAUACUAAAAGAAUAAUAGAAAGAAAAGGAAUAGGAAGUUUUACAGUAGGAACAUAAAUUAAAAAUAAGUGCUUUAUAAUAAUUGUCUGUUAUGGAAGAUUAAUAAAAAGAAAUAUUGAAAAAAAGAAACAAAGAAAUUCAGGAGUAUUAAAAGAUGCAAAUUGUAAUUAUAAUAAAUAAUAAAGGAACUGAAAAAACAGAUGAGAAGAAAUUAAUUUCUAAAUGAACUAAAGGAAUCAAAAUAAAUGGAACUUAGAUCAUAGAUAGAGAAAGAUGCUUAUAGUAAUUGGGCUUAAUCAUAAGUUUAAGACCUUAAAGAAUCAGGAUUAAAUUUGUAUCCAUUAACAAAGUCAUUUAAAUUAUGA